AUGGCAACCGCUCUUACAGCAAACGAGACCACUACUUCGCCUUCCUCUACUCGAUCCAGCAAACCAGCUAAAAAGACCGAAUGUCUCAUUCCAGCAUCACGAUUCAUAUACAAUGGUUCCGAAUUCGAAUACACUGUAUACUCGCCUUCGACUCGUUUUAUGCGUGAAAUGGAUACGGUGUUCCCUCAAUUAUCAGUUCGACAACGUAAAGAAUUAUUGGUGAUACCAAUCGUACAGCGUUGCAAGCAUGAUUUGGUUGGCUCAACACCAGAGAUUGAAGAGGAAAGAGAAUUCAAGUUGGAAAAUUUUAUUGAAUGGGGUGGUCGCAUGAUUGAUCGGCUACAUUCUUUGGGCAUGUGGGCAGAUUUGACGGAUCCAGCAUCUGGGUUUCCGCUUAGAAGCCCCCCUGGUCCAUCACCCUAUCCCGAUGUUCAAGCAACCCAUGCUUUGACCCAUUAUGAUAUCCAAAACGUUGGUUGUUGCCAUAUCAUGCUUCAUCCUGCAUGGAAGAGUCACAUUUACCCAGGCACCUUUUUCACCACUGCUCCCGCUGAUAUCUUUGUCAAAGUACUCAAUGAACAACUCCUCCAGCAGCAAUAA